GGUUGAUGUCAAAUGGGUACUCUGUUUUAUGCAAAAUUAGAAACACAACAGAAAUACUUGUGAGGUCUUCAACUCCAGAAUCUGACACCUUUGGUUUAUCUCACUAAUGGAUUCAGCCAUUUGGUCACUUUUGCUAGUUGUUUUUAUUCAAAUCUAUAUCAUAGCAGCUACAACUGAUGCUGGUGAUUGUACUGCUCUAAAAUCUCUCGUGGCUGACUGGGAAAAUGUACCUUCCAGUUGGGCGGGUAAGGACCCUUGUGGUGAUGGCUGGGUUGGAAUUGGUUGCACUGGUUUACGUGUGACCUCAAUAAUAUUGCCAAGCAUGAAGUUAGGAGGACAGCUGUCGGGAGACAUUUCGACCUUAUCUGAAUUACAGCAAGUGGAUCUAUCCUACAACAAAGGUCUCACAGGAUCUCUUCCAACAUCGAUUGGGAAUUUAAAGAAUCUAAUAAACUUAAUCUUGGUUGGUUGUGGUUUCAAUGGUCCAAUUCCCGAUGCAAUAGGAUCUCUACUGCAGCUGAAGUACCUNUCCCUAAAUUCUAAUGGCUUCACUGGACGUAUUCCACCGUCCAUUGGUAAUCUAUCAAAUCUUCUUUGGUUAGAUCUGGCCGAUAACCAGCUAGAAGGACCAAUUCCAGUUUCAGAUGGAUCUACGCCAGGGCUUGACAUGUUGAUUCAUACCAAGCACUUCCAUUUCGGGAAGAAUAAACUCUCUGGCCCAAUUCCAUCACAACUUUUCAAGUCAGAUAUGACUCUUAUACAUUUGCUAUUUGAAAGCAACCAACUUACUGGAACUCUUCCUUCCACCCUUGGACUUGUGCAAACUCUAGAAGUGGUACGCUUUGACAACAAUUCACUAGAUGGGCAUCUUCCACUGAAUCUCAACAAUCUUACAAGUGUUCAAGAUCUGUUUUUGUCCAACAAUAAACUGACUGGACCUCUGCCUAACCUUACCGGCAUGGACAGGUUGAACACCUUAAACUUGAGUGAUAAUAAUUUUGAUUUAGCAGAUGUUCCUUCAUGGUUUCCAGCCCUGCCAGCCUUAACAACAUUAAUGAUGGAACAUACACGACUUCAAGGUCAAGUUCCUGCCACAUUCUUUGAGCUUCCAAAUUUGCAGACAGUGGUACUAAAAGGCAACCGACUUAAUGGUACCUUGGACAUUGGGCCAAGCUUUAGCAACCAGCUGAAAACCAUAGAUUUGCAGGACAAUGACAUUACUGGUUUCAAUGACAGAGGCAGAACAUACAAAUUUGACAUAAUACUUGUGGACAAUCCAGUAUGUACGGCGACAGAAACAAGAAGCACUUACUGCGAACUUCCCCCAUCAAAUUCCUCGCCUUCGUAUUCAACUCCCCCUUCACAGACCUGUCAGCCAAUUUCAUGCAGUCCAGGACAAAUUUCCAGCCCCUCAUGCAGAUGUGCAUAUCCGUAUACAGGAACACUAAAAUUCAGAGGCCUUCUCUUCUCAGACUUUGGAAAUUCAUCUCGAUAUAAAGAACUAGAGCAAUCUUUGAUGCAGUUCUUCCGGUCCCAUCAACUUCCUGUGGAUUCUGUUUCACUAAGUUAUCCAAAGAGGGCUUCAUUUGAAUAUCUGCUUGUAUUGGACCUUGCUGUAUUUCCAUAUGGCCAAGAGAGUUUCAAUAGAACUGGAAUUUCUAUGAUUGCAUUUGUAUUUAGCAGCCAGACUUUCAAGCCUCCUAAAGAGCUCUUUGGACCUUAUGUUUUUGGUGGUGAUGAAUAUGAGCACUUUGCUGAUGAACGUGCCAACGCAAAAAAAUCUAACAUUGCCAUCAAAAUAGGAGCAGCAGCUGGUGCUUCAGUGCUGCUUUUACUAUUACUGCUCACUGGGAUUUAUGCUUAUCGUCAGAAGAAGAGAGCAGAAGGAGCAACCAAAGAGAGCAAUCCU